AAAAUGUCGUUUUGUAAUCUGGUAACACUGCUUAGAAGCGCCAAAAAUUUUCGUUUAUUAGAAUUAAGUCUAUUUUUAUUAAUAUUUAACUGAGAUUAAGCCGAGCGGCCUUUAGGAAAGGCUCCACUAACUCUUUGCCAACAUAUCGACUUCGGGAAUUCCGCACCAUGUCCUUCUUCGGAGCCAACACAUCGCUUGGAGCAACCAGCACGCCGACCAAAACAACUGGUGGCCUCUUUGGAUCGCCGUUUGGAGCAGCUGCCACAGCUAGCCAGCCAGCGCCAGCGUUUGGAGCCCAGGCCACAUCGACGCCGGCCUUUGGCACUCAGCCGGCUACAUCUGCCUUUGGAGCAGGAUCCGCCUUUGGAGCACCCGCUGCAGCUCCGGCUUUUGGUGCCACGGCAGCUGCUCCGGCAUUUGGAGCUGCCACAUCUACUUCUGCUUUCGGUGGCUCUGCCUUUGGUAGUGCUCCGGCGUUUGGAGCAGCGACAACGACAACAGCGGGCGCGGGGUUAGGUGGAGGCGGAUUCGGAGGAUUUGGAGCAGCUCCAGCAACGAGUCAAGCCAGUUUAUUCGGCGCUGCAGCGACUAGUGCCGCUCCACCGGCUUUCAGUGGAUUCGGUCAGCCGGCAGCAGCGAGUACAGCUCCAGCAAGUGGAUUUGCAGGCUUUGGUACAACUACUACUUCGGCACCUGCUUUUGGCGGCUUUGGAACUAACCAGUCGACUGGCUUUGGAGGCGGAGCCUUUGGAUCAACCUUUGGAAAACCAGCGAAUUCAACAGUCACGCCGGGAUUUGGUGGAUUCGGUGGCACUAACUUUAUGCUUGGACAGCCGCAACAGCAGCCAGCGCCCAUUUCGGCCGACGAGGCGUUUGCCCAGUCCAUUCUUAAUGUGUCCAUUUUUGGCGAUGACCGGGAUAAAAUAGUUGCAAAAUGGAACUACUUGCAGGCUACAUGGGGCACUGGGAAGAUGUUCUACUCUCAGAGUGCGGCGCCAGUGGACAUCACGCCUGAGAACCUGAUGUGUCGGUUUAAGGCCAUCGGUUAUAGUCGCAUGCCAGGCAAGGAUAACAAAUUGGGACUGGUGGCACUGAACUUCUGCAGAGAACUCUCUGCCGUUAAGCCACAUCAGCAGCAAGUCGUCCAAACGCUUCACAGUUUAUUCGGCAGCAAGCCAAACAUGUUGGUCCACAUUGAUUCCAUCAAGGAGCUGGAGAACAAAAAGUGUCAGAUGGUUAUCUACGUAGAAGAGAAGCUGCAGCAUGCACCCAAUGAAAGUAAACGUAUCUUGGCCACCGAACUCUCGAACUACCUCAACCAGGCAUCGCUAAAACCCCAGCUCAAUAAUCUUGGUAUCGGGGAGGCUUUGGCUCUGGUGUUGCCCGAUGAGGAUCAGUUAAAGGAGUACCUUGAAAAUCCACCCCGAGGCGUUGAUCCGCGAAUGUGGCGUCAGGCUAACUCGGACAAUCCAGACCCCAGCAAAUUUAUACCAGUGCCUAUGGUGGGUUUCAACGACUUAAAGUGGCGUGUUAAGUGCCAGGAACAGGAAACGGAUACACAUGCAUUGUACAUGAAGAAAGUGGAGAGUGAACUGACAGAGUUAAGACAGCGUCAUGCCACGGCCACAGCCAAGAUUCUAGAACAUAAACGAAAGUUAGCUGAGCUGGGACAUCGCAUACUCAGGAUUAUUGUGAAACAAGAGUGCACUCGAAAAGUGGGCACUUCCUUGACGCCCGAGGAAGAGGCGAUGCGUACCAAGCUGCAGAACAUGCAGGCCGUCGUGUCCGCUCCCACCCAAUUCAAGGGUCGACUAAGCGAGUUGCUCUCCCAGAUGCGCAUGCAGCGCAAUCAAUUCGCAGCCAACGGAGGAGCCGAAUAUUCCAUCGAUAAAGAGGCUGAGAACGAGAUGAAGACCUUCCUGACCAUGCAACAACGCGCCAUGGAGGUGCUGAGUGAUACUGUCAACAAGGACCUAAAGGCACUGGAUGUUAUCAUUAAAGGAUUGCCCGAGCUGAGGCAAUCAUGAUUGGAAAGUGGCUGAUAUGUUUAAUAAACUCCUGAUAUGUUGAAUACAA